UGCGCGGGAAGGGUGGGCCAGACGGGGAAGCUGAGUAGCAGGAGUGAAACGACAGGUGGGUUGACCAAUCAGAACUUCGCUUGGGUGCCGCGAAACACAGGAGCCGAAAUCCGUUGUACAGGUUUCCGGUCAGGGUUUCGGGGUUAAUGUACAGUCUCGGGGCACCUUGUAGAUAGUUGACUCUCCAGCCAGCAGCAAUCCGCCUGGGAAACUCUCAGACGAUUUUUGAGGCGCCUCAAAAAACCAGCAGCAAUCCGCCUAGGAAACUCUGAGACGAUUUUUGAGGCGCCUCAAAAAACCAGCAGCAAUCCGCCUGGGAAACUCUGAGUGGGUGGGUUGCGUUGCAUAGGCAGCGAAGCUGCUUCAUUCUUUGGCAACGCCUUUCUGCCGCCCAAUCUCCUGGCUUUUCUCCUGGUCCUCCUCCUGCUCCUCCUCCUCCUGCAGGUGUGGCAACCUCAACUUCGCCCGCCGCGUCCGCUGCCACCAGCAUGCGAGGGGGAGUUGACGGACCCAGGUUUGGUAUUCUAGACGGGCAUGGGCUUUCCGAAGGGCACAUGGCGGGAGGAGGUGGUAGGGAUGUUGGUUUUCUGCCAAGGGUCGGUGCUGGUAGCAGCAGGGAGGAGGAUGGGAAGGCGGGGGCAGAGACUGGGACUUGGAGAAGGAUCGGGCUCUGGAGAGGGCGCGAGAGAGGGAGAUCAUGCGGGAGAGGGAGCGGAGGAAGGGGAGGGAGCGCGGCAGGGAGAAGCUGGGGAGCGGGAACGGGGGGGGCAGGAUGGAGGGAGGGGAAGGAGCGGCGCGAUAGGGGGGUGGAGGAGGAGGAAAGGGGCAAGACAGGGAUAGUGACAGGGAGAGGGAGAGGGAGAGAGAGAAAGGCAAAGGGGGAGAAGCUAUCGGGGGGCUUCGAGAAGGCAGCAACAACAGCAGAGGGAAUGGCGAGAGGAGGGAGGAGACGGCAAGGCGGGUGCAGUCCCCGGAGCGGCGUGCGGUGAGAGGGGAUGUGGGGAAGGAGAGGGAGAGGAGCCGGUCCCCCGUGCUCGGCGAUAAGAGAUUUGCCGGAAGGAACACCAAACGGUUAAGGAGUUUACGGCAGGCUGAAUGGACUAUGGAUCUCCAUAGCCCUCGUGGCCCUAUGCAGAUUGCUAUGCAGCUGUGGUGUGUUAGUGGUAUGCCCAUGGGACUGCAGUUGUUUGUGCAGAAGAGAACCUCCUUUGGGUUCUGCCCAUGGGUUCUGGGAGGGAGCCUUAAGGCACAGGGGCAGGCAGCCAGGAGCAGCAGUGACGACCACUGUUGGGGAUCAGCAGCGCUCUCUUUAGCUUAUUGUGGUACUUGCUUAUUCUAGGCCCGGUGCCCUUCUUAGGAAGGGCUCUUUUCUGUAGGGCGAGGGGUAUUCUGUAGGGUAAGUCGUGCAGUGCAGCCGCUGGACAGGGUACGGUUGAUGUGGGACGUGGGAUUUUUUGGGUCAGCUGAUGUGGACAGUGGAAUGCAGUGUUUCUAAACCGACAUGGCUUUUUCAGC